CCCGCGAAAUUUAAAAAUUCCCGUUACUUUUUGAACACACCUCGUAUAUUUAUUAAGGCAAAACACCCACACUAUUUUAAACAAAUAGAAGAAGCUAAAUCUAAAAGUAACAAACAUCAAAAUGAAGACGACUCAAUUAAUGUUAUCAAAAACCAAUGUACAUUACAAAAAUGGAGUCCUGGAAAAAUCACUCAAAAAACAUUGAUGCUUCUGUAUCGCUUUAUUAUUAAAAAUGUUCAGCUGCUGUCAAUUGUAGACAGUUCUGCUUUUAUUGAUUUGGUCAAACUUGGACUUUCUGCAUCCAUUCGAAUAAUGUGCCAAAAAACAUUAAGAGAAAAACUUAUUCAAUCAUAUUCUCACAUGAAAACAGAACUAGAAAAUCAAUUGACUGAAGUAGAAACAAUUUCAACUACAGCAGAUUUAUGGAAUAAAGCAAAGAGAAGUUACUUGGGAAUAACUGCUCAUUGGAUUAAUCAAGAAAUUUUAAAAAGGGAAUCAGCCACACUGGCUUGCCACAGAAUAAAGGUAAAACAUACAUUUGAUGUUAUAGCAAAAGCGAUUAAUUCCGUGUUUUUGGAAUUCCAUAUACAAAAUAAAGUCUGUUGCAACAACGAAUAAUGGUUCAAACUUUGUUAAAGCAUUUCGAAAAUUUGCAAAAGAAGAUGAAGAUGAAAUUAACACGGAAUUUCAUAACUUAGAUGAGUUAUUAGAAAUGGGUGACACAGUGGAUUUAGAUGGAGAAGAUUAUAUUAAUCUUCCAUCACAAGUAUGUUAGUCACACGCUUAAUUUUAUCACACCCAAAGAUUCAGAAAAGGCUUUUGAUAAUGAUGCCAUGUAUAAAAAAAAGAUACAGAAUCAUAUUUGGUAAAUUAACUAAAUUAUGGAAUAAACAAAACCAGUCCACUCAAGUGGUAGACAAAGUUAAAACAAAAUUUGU